AUGGAGAGUACAAAGCAAACAGAUCCGGAUUGCGGCAAAGAAUUUGAAAAAUAUAUGUUUAUUUCUCAUCUGUAUGGGAUGCGGUGUGCUUUUAGUGCCGUUUCAUCGCUGAGCACAUUGGUCGUGAAAUUACUGGUAGCUCUAUUGAGAUAUACCGACGUGAUACCCGCUGAUAAAGGAUACUACGAAGCUGGAAUGGCUGCACAAGACGGAAAACGGUAUGCGGAAGCAUUUGUGUUCUUAAACCAUUAUUUGGAUAUAACGGACGCCAUAACGGAAGGACAAAACGAAAUGGUGGACGACAUAGACUUACGUGGGACGGAUUUCCCUACAAACGUACCGCUACCCCAGUCUUUGUAUACGACCGCCGAACAACACGAGCAAGUCAGGGAUUGGAUCCUAACCAACGCUAUGGACCGAGAUACUAAUCAGGUAAAGCUCAAUUAUUUGACAGACAACAGAACUCCACAUGUUAAACUACACUAAUAAUUCGCAACGACACAUUUUUGAUUAAAAGAAAAUAUGAAAUAUCGGUUAAAGUUUAUUUUUGUCGAACCAAAUGAAC